AUGAUUUUUGGCGGUCUUGAGAUAGUUGCAGGUGGAUACCUCAUCCAUCGACAUUAUCGGAAGAAGAACGGAAAGGAGCAGCUUAAGGAAGAAGCCCAGAAAAGACGCCAUCACACGUUUCCUGGUGCCAACUGCGCGAAGCAGAAUGGCUGGAAUACCCAGGCCCCUCACCGCCCUCAACACCAUCAGCAGCAGCAGCAUUCCGCGAUUCCACAGCAGAAGUACGCGUGCUAUGCUCCGGUAGCGGCUCAGCCUCGACCGCAAAUAUACCAGCCUCAAUGUCAAGCUCAGGCCCAGCUUCAGUACCAAUCGCAACCACAACCGCGACCACACGCGCCUCCUCACACGCAGAGCUUCAAUAUCCCACGGCGGCCUGUACCGCAGCGGAAACCUCAGAUCAUCAUCCAAUCCUCUCUUCAGCGCACCGACUCCUUUGCGACGAUAUCGCGAAUGCCUAUUGCGAACGGCGAACGGCCACAAGACGUAUCCGAACAGACUAGCCCUGCGGCUGGUCUUUCACCUAUCCCACAACAUGGUGUAUAUGGAAACUCAGGCUUUUCGGUGUCGACACCGGCUUUCGGUGCGACGCCUACAUCUCCUGGGCUGACAUAUGAAAUGGCUAGUGGACACGAAGGUGGUGCUGGUCAGACUGUUGAUGAUAAUUGGGAGACAUACGGCCAUGGUCAUGGCGGUGGAGGGUUGCACUACGCGCCGACUGUGUCCACCGAGUUGGGUGAGCGAGAUCCGCCGCCGCCUUAUGCGCCUUGA